AUGUGGCCGACGGACCCUGAGUGGGGCCUCUCGCCGAAGAACACCGUCGGCAUCGACCCCUACGACACCACCCCGAAACACUGGACUAUCAGAUACACGAACCUCCUCGUCCUGGCGUACCAGAGCUGCGGCGUGGUGUACGGCGACCUGAGCACGUCGCCGCUGUACGUGUACAAGAGCACCUUCUCCGGCUCGCUGCGCCGGUUCCAGGACGAGGAGACCGUCUUCGGCGUCUUCUCCCUCGUCUUCUGGACCAUCACGCUCAUCCCGCUCCUCAAGUACGUCUUCAUCGUCCUCAGCGCCGACGACAACGGCGAAGGUGGCACGUUCGCGCUGUACUCGCUGCUGGUGCGGCACGCCAAGUUCAGCCUGAUGCCGAACCAGCAGGCCGCCGACGAGGAGCUCUCGGCGUACUACAGGCCCGGGUACACGGCGCAGGACACGCCCAUCCUAAAAGCGCUGAGGAGCUUCCUCGAGAAGCAUAGGAAGUCGCGCACCUUCCUGCUCCUCAUGGUCCUCUUCGGCGCCUCGCUCGUCAUCGGGGAUGGCUUCCUCACGCCGGCCAUGUCCGUGCUCUCGUCCUUCUCUGGUCUCCAAGUACAUUCAAAUGCACUCUCAAAUGGUGAGGUGGUGCUGCUGUCGUGCAUCGUGCUGGUGUGCCUCUUCACCCUGCAGCACUGGGGCACGCACCGCGUCGCCUUCCUGUUCGCGCCCGUCGUCAUCAUCUGGCUGUUCUGCCUCGCGGCGCUCGGCAUCUACAACAUCAUCGUGUGGAACCCCAGGGUUCUUUGCGCGCUGUCUCCCUUCUACCUCGUCAGGUUCUUCCAGCGGACCGGUAAAGACGGGUGGAUCUCACUUGGAGGAGUGCUCCUCUCCAUGACAGGCACAGAAGCUAUGUUUGCAGAUCUUGGCCACUUCACUGCUGCAUCCAUAAGGAUUGCGUUCGUGGGGCUGAUCUACCCGUGCCUGGUGCUGCAGUACAUGGGGCAGGCGGCGUUCCUGUCCAAGGCUCCCGACUGCGACAUCCACUUCGUCUUCUUCGAGUCCAUCCCGCGUCGCAUCUUCUGGCCGGUUCUGGUUAUCGCGACGCUGGCAGCGAUAGUGGGCAGCCAGGCGGUGAUCUCGGCGACCUUCUCCAUCGUGCGCCAGUGCACCGCGCUGGGCUGCUUCCCGCGCGUCAAGAUCGUGCACACCUCCAGCCGCAUCCACGGGCAGAUCUACAGCCCCGAGAUAAACUGGAUCCUCAUGCUCGUCUGCCUCGCCGUCACCGUCGGCUUCCGCGACACCAACUUCAUCGGGAAUGCCUACGGGAUGGCGUGCGCGGGGGUGAUGGUGGUGACCACGCUCCUCAUGUCGCUGGUGAUGGUCUUCGUGUGGCAGCAGGGCUUCCUCCUGGCGUCGCUCUUCCUGCUGGCCUUCGGCGCCGUGGAGUGCAUCUACCUCUCGGCGGCGCUGAUGAAGGUGCCACAGGGCGGGUGGCUGCCGCUGGCGCUGUCGCUGGUGGUGGUGUUCGUCAUGUACGUGUGGCACUAUGGCACGCGGCGGAGGCACCUGUUCGACGUGCAGAACAAGGUGUCGCUCAAGUGGUUGCACGCUCUGGGCCCCAGCCUGGGCAUCGUGCGCGUCCCGGGUAUCGGCCUCAUCUACUCCGAGCUCGCCACCGGCGUGCCGAUCAUCUUCUCCCACUUCGUCACCAACCUCCCGGCGUUCCACCAGGUGCUCGUCUUCGUCUGCGUCAAGGCCGUCCCCAUCCCGCACGUCCGCAGCUACGAGCGCCACCUCGUCGGCCGCAUCGGCCCGCGAGAGUUCCGCAUGUACCGCUGCGUCGUCAGGCACGGCUACAAGGACGUACCGGGAGAUGACAACGACUUCGAGAACGACCUGGUGCUCCGCAUCGCCGAGUUCGUGCACAUGGAGGCCGCCGAGGCCGCCGCCAACGCUGACGCGCUGCGAUACAGCGACGUCUCGCUGGAGGGCCGCAUGGCCGUGGUCACGCGCCCCAUCGACCUCUCAAGGACGGGGCUGCUCAUGCGGGCGCCCAUGCCCGCCGCCGUGGAGCAGAGCCUCGCCAUGCGCGCAGCCACCGCCGCCGCCAUGGCCACGGACACCAGCAAGUCGGAGACCCUCCAUUCACUGCAGGCCAUGUACGAGGCCGAGUCGCCGGGGUUCGCCGUCCGGCGGCGCGUCCGGUUCGAGAUCGACGAGUCGACGGGCGACCGCAUGGACCCGGCGACGAAGGAGGAGCUGAGCGCGCUCGUGGAGGCAAAGAGCGCCGGCGUGGCCUACAUCAUGGGUCACUCGUACAUUAAGGCGAGGAAGAGCUCCUCGGUGUUCAAGAAGUUCGCCAUCGACGUCGCCUACUCGUUCCUCCGCAGGAACUGCAGGGGUCCCGCCGUGGCGCUCAACAUACCGCACAUCAGCCUCAUCGAAGUUGGCAUGAUCUACUACGUCUAG